AUGCAAACUGCUCAGACUGCUUACCAAGUUAAGAAUCAAACUCAAGCCUGUCUGUAUUUAUACUUUGUCUUCUGUUCUUACUAGAAGAAUCUUCACUAUGUUAGAUGAAGUAAUUUUGAGCACUAAAUAAAAAAAGGUUGUUAAGUUGUUGUUGUAAUUUUUUUACAUGCUUCACCUGGCAGGUGACACCUGCUCCUGCAGAGGCGCAGCUGUCAAGAUGAUAUUAAGUACCCCUUUCAUACCCCUUUCCACUUCCUUCUAAUCUGCAUCGCCUUGCCAAUUUUAAGAGUUCCGACAUCGACGUGGUGGACCUUUCCGUACUGGACGUUGAGGUUCGACAGAGAAUGGAGGCCUUGGAUUUUGAACGGAAUACGCCAGCAGAACCCCUAAACGUCGUCUUUGAAGCGAAGACUGGAGUCGCAACCGAUGUGCCUCCGGCUCAUAGUGCAAUGACGCUGGAUCAAGGUGAACUAGGAGCGCUUGAAGGAGACGUUGGUGUUGGAAACAUGGAGAUGAUAAUGGGUAUAAUCAUGAUAACUGUUUGGAUACUAGUGCGAUGGACUGUUAUCAGUAUGCUAGAUUAUAGUGCUUGUCAAUAAACAACUUGUGUCUAUUUUUCUUGUCAUCAAAAUCAACAUCAAAAACAGUUCACAUUGUUCACCACAAACAUUACCGCAGUUGAUGACGAAGCCGGUCCUUCGGCUAAGAGAGCGAAACUCGACCACGGUAGCAGCUCUUUCUCAGAAACUGGCUACGGCGAUGAUGAUUACAACGGGAUAGAUUCGAGCGAUGUUGGUGGCAAUGACAUGGACGGUUGCAAAGAUCAAGCUGCUGGCACAAGAACAUCACGAGGAAACGAGCUUUCUUCAACAGGAAAGCCUCUAGGUCCCAAGGACGAAGAAGUUAGAGCAAAGAAGAGGGCAAAAAGACAACGAUAUGCCGAGAACAAGAAAAAGAGACAACUAGGACUGGCUAUUGGCGGAAGUGGAGGCGGCUCUGCUGUUGUUGGAGGUCCCAAUGCAGUUGUUCACGGGACAAGUUUUUCCUCUACAGUAAAUUGCAGAGCUGCACCAGGAUCCCUCCUAAUGCAGAAGAUCCCUGCUCCGCAGCUGUAUGGAGAAGAGGAUGUGGGUCUAGGUUUUGGUGUUGGGCAUCAGAGAGACUUGCAUCAUUUCGAAAACAAUAAUCCAUUCGCGGCUACUCGUAGUGGUGCCAAUAGUGGUACUAAUAUUACUCGACCAGGAGCACAGGCAAAUAACAAAACUAGUACACCAGUAGGCGGACCGUUAAAACCAAUGCCAGGGAUCGGCCGUUUGAAGCCUUUAACUCCACGCACAUCAGCAGCGACUGCCGGAGCAUCUACAACUACAGUGCCCUCUGGUGGUAGUCCAGUAAGAAGGAACAACCCCUUUGCACCCUCUACAUUUUCUAGCGGUGCUUCUAGAUCUGGAUUAUUUUCUGGUGCAAGGGGACCACCAGCUACUUCAACAGGAGCGGUUCAACAGAGCAAUGGAUCGCAUAACGGAAGCAUUCCGUUACAACCACUUCCUAAGAACCCGAAAAACCCACUGCAGCCUCUGUUCCGAAACGGAAUGAACCAAGCUCCCACCUCCGGAACGCCCUAUGCUUCUUUCAAUGCAGCUCAACCAGGUAGUACUCUCGCAGGAGGAGCAGCGCUUCGUGGCACUGGAGGAGCAGUUCCCACUAGCGGACCCCUCGUCCGUAGCCAACAACAGCCAAGAGGACAACAACAAACGCAGAAGAAGAAUAACAGUGGUGCUCCUGUAUUCUGGCGACCGAAGGAAGUCUCGUCUGCUAAUAUGAAUCCAGUGACCGCGAAUAACCCGUUUGCUUAGUAGUUCGAGGAACUUGUUUUGAUUUCAUCCUCACAACAUCAUCAACAGUUGUCUUUUAUGAUUGCCUCUUUGUUCUACUUCUAGAAAUAGAAAUGGCGGAACCGGAACUUCUCAUAGCAGAAGUCGCACUUGUACAACUUGUUGAGAUUGUUGACCAUCAUGUUGAGCGAUAUUCAUGAUGAACAUAUAUCAUGAUUGAUGAGUCAGAGUCUUCCUGACAUGAUGGUAUCUCAUCGUCUCAUAUCCAAGAUAAGAACUUCUUGAUAAUUUAUUACCUCAUGAUGAGUGGCAUGUUGGUUUCUCGUUCUACAGUGGAACGGUCGCUCGCAGCCAUGAUGCGGUGUUAUGAGAAGUCCUAUUGGCUGCAAAGCAAUGGAGAGCGACCUUCUACUGAGCAGCAACCUGUGGGAAAUAAUGUGUUCCUCUCUAAUAUUGCGUCGAAAGGUACUUAUGUGGUUUUAUUUGAAAAAGUCUGCUAUGAUUGCUUG